UCCGGCACGGUCAGAACAAGACGAAAAAGCCAGACUUUAUGGUGUGAAAAUGGCCAACUUGAUAGACAAAACAAAAGCAAGUGGGAAAUUUCAUAGCUGGUCACCUGGAAAUUUACUCGUUUUGACUACUUUUUCAGCAAAGCAGGGAAACGAUUGCAUAUAUCACCAACCAAGGCCUUGCUAGAGAAACUUAGAGUCUCUUAUAGUUGCUCCCAUUCUCUAAGUCUACAACAGUCUCUGCUACAUAUCGCUUAACAAGCUAGUAAGUUACCAAUUGCUUCCAUGGCCACUCUAGCAACUUCCUCCUCCCCCCUUUCAACUCCUUCAUCAUCUUCUUCUUCUUCUUGCCCUCGAUGGAAAUACAAUGUGUUUCUCAGUUUUUGCGGUAUUGACACUCGCAAGAAUUUCACAGACCAUGUUUAUACUGUUUUAAAACAAAAGGGUAUUACCACCUUCAGGGAUGAUGAAAAACUUGAGCGAGGAAAGUAUAUUUCUGAAGAGCUCUUGAAAGCAAUAGAAGAGUCCAAGUAUGCUAUUAUCGUUCUCUCAACAAACUAUACUUCUUCAAAGUGGUGUCUAAAAGAACUAGCAAAAAUUGUUGAAUGCAUGGAGAAGACCAAAUUGACAGUUUUGCCUGUCUUUUAUCAUGUGAACCCCUCGGAUGUAAGAAACCAGAUGAGUGACAAUCUUGCUAAAGCCUUUGCUGAACAUGCGGAAGAGACCAAAGUUAACACAGAAGAUGUGCAAGCAUGGAAAGCUGCUUUGAAAAUUGUGGGUGGUAUAGCCGGAUGGCAUGUGCAUGAUAGUUUUGAAUCAAAAGUUAUCCAAGAAAUCAUUGGAAAGAUAUGCACUGAUCAUGAGUUGUAUCAUAAAUUCUCAAGUGUUUGUGAGGACCCUGUUGGAAUGGACUCACGUGUGGAGGAAAUGUUGGGUUCAUACUUAGGUGAAGGGUUGGGUGAUGUUUGCUUUGUUGGGAUAUGCGGGAUGGGUGGAAUGGGCAAAACAACUCUUGCAGAAGAAAUUUAUAGAAGAAUUUCAAGUAACUUUGAAGUUAGCAACUUUAUUGCUAAUGUUAGAGAAAAAACUAAAAAUAAAGGUCUAGUUUCUUUACAAAAACAACUUCUUUCUAAGAUCCUCAUGAAAAGUGAAAUAGAAAAAAUAUGUAAUGUUUGUGAUGGAAUCAGUCUUAUAAGGAAAACACUAUAUAAUAAAAAGAUUUUUAUUGUUCUUGAUGAUGUGGAUGGAGAAGAACAAUUAGGGGCAUUAGCACAAAAAGAUAAUUGCUUUGGUCCUGGGAGUAGAAUCAUUGUAACAAGCAGAGAUAGUCAUUUAUUGAAAAGAUGUGGUGUGAAAUAUAUAUAUACAGCCAAGAGGUUGAGUGACAAUGAUGCUUUGAAGCUUUUUAGUUGGAAAGCUUUCCAUAAACCUCAUCCUGAAGAAAAUUUUGUAAAUUUGUCUAUGGACUUUGUGAAUUAUGCUGAAGGCCUUCCUUUAGCUCUUAAAGUUUUAGGUUCUUUGUUGUUUGAUAAAACAAUAGAUGCAUGGAAUGGUGCCCUAAAUAAUCUAAAAGCAGAAUUUGGUGACAAAAUUAUGCCUAUACUUCAAAUAAGUUUUGAUGGGCUUACAAAUACACAGAAAGGAUUGUUUUUAGAUAUUGCAUGUUUUUUCAAAGGAGAGAACAAAGAUUGCAUAAGAGAUGUACUACAAAGUUUUGGUUAUUGUCCGGAAUACAAUAUUGAUGUUCUUAAGGACAAAUCUCUCAUAACCAUUAGUUACGACGGAAUUUUGUGGAUGCAUGAUUUGCUACAAGAUAUGGGUCAAGAAAUUGUUCAUCGCAAAUCCCGAGAGCCUGGUGGACGUAGUAGGUUGUGGAUUCUUGAGGAUGUCAUUCAUGUAUUGAAGAAUAAUACUGGAACCGAGGCAGUUGAAGGCAUAAUGCUAAAAGUUCCUAUUCAAAAAAUGGAACACUUGCAUGCUGAAGCCUUCUCAAAGAUGAAAAAUUUGAGAUUGCUCAAAAUUGGUAAUGAGAAAUUUCCACAAGACUUCAUAAAUGGUACUAAGCAACUUCCAAGAAGUCUUAAUUAUCUUUCUAACAAGUUACGCAUUAUGGAAUGGCAUGGAUAUCCCUUUAAAUCCAUGCCAACUAGUUUUGAACCAAACAAACUUGUUGAACUCAAAAUGUGUUGCAGCAGCAUCAAACACCUAUGGAAAGGAGUUAUGAAUUUAGACGAGUUAAAACUCAUUGACCUAAGUGACUCCCAAAACUUGAUUGAGAUGCCAAACCUUAGUGGAGCUCCAAAGCUUAAGCACUUGAUUCUUCAACGUUGUAUAAAACUAUCUAAAAUUCAUGCAUCUCUUGGAAAUCACAAACAACUUAUUCGAUUGGAUUUGAAUGGUUGCAAAUGUCUCGAAAGCCUUCCUCACAAGAUCAACUCAAAAGUACUUGAAAUUUUCAAUCUUGGUGGUUGUUCAAGACUAAAGAAGUUUCCAGAAUUUGUUGGAAAUAUGUCACAUUUAUCAGAACUUUGUUUCAGUGGGACUGCCAUAAAACAUCUACCAUUAUCAGCCGAACAUUUAACUAGCCUUACUAAAUUAGAUCUAAGAGAUUGCAAAAACCUUUCAAGUCUUCCAAAUGAUUGUUGUUAUUUGAUGUCUCUAAAAAUUCUCACUUUGUCUGGUUGCUCAAAACUUAAUGAACUGCCAGAGAAUUUGGGGAAUAUCAAAAGUCUUGAGGAGCUAGAUGUGAGUGAAACUGCUAUAACAGAAUUACCCUCUUCGUUGGUUCUCUUAAAAAAUCUCAAAGUACUAUCUCUUCGUGGAUGUGAAGGCUUAACAUCUAUAUCAUCAAAUAAACUCAUCAGUUUUCCUUUAAUGCGAAAAAGAAGAGUAGACCCCACGGGCAUGUUAGGGCGUUCUCUUUCUAAUUUAUGGUCUUUGACCAAAUUGAAUCUAAGUUAUUGCAAUCUUCAAGCAAUCCCUGAUGGUCUUGGUUGUUUGUCCUCUUUAACAAAUUUAGAUCUUAGGGGAAAUUAUUUUGUUUACCUUCCUGAGAGUACCACUCAACUAUCUAAUAUGAAGAUUCUUCAACUGUGUGGUUGCACACAUCUUCGAUCUUUGCCAGAGCUUCCAUUAAAUAUUAGGUUUCUUGAUGCAGAUGGUUGUACGUCAUUGGAAAUAUUACCAUUAAAACCUGAAGAUGGUCCUUAUCCGACACUCUAUCUUCUCAAUUGUGUUAAAUUGGUUAAUGAUGAAGACUACGGUGACAUGUUAUUAACAACGCUAAGACAUCACAUUCAAUUUAAGGGAGAUGGAGACAAUUAUGGUAUUAUGAUUCCUGGAAGAGAAAUUUCGAAAUGGUUUAGCCAUCAAAGUGUGGGGACUUCAGUGAGUUUGCAAGUGCCUUCAGAUAAAUUGAAAGGAGUUGCUGUGUGUGCACUUUUUGUACUCCGCCAACAUCAUCCACUUCACGAACUUCCUUCAAAAAAUGGUUAUAUAUUUACGCACACGCUUUACUUAUACUUGAAAGCCAACGGAUAUGAAAGUCGCCCGAUAACUGGCUUUACAUUUUCAGAACAAUUUGGUAAGAUUGAAUCAUAUCAUCUUUGCCAGUAUUACUAUCCCUAUGAAUCAUUCAAUCAGAAAUUGAAAGAAAAUUGGAGUCAAGCAGAUGCUAAUGGAUUGGGUCAAAUUGAGAUUGGAUUUAAAACCGCUGGUCUAGGAUUAGAGGUUACAAAAUGCGGGGCCCGUUGGGUAUACGAGCAAGACAUUGAAGAUCUGAACCAAACCAUGCGUGGGUGCAGCAGCGGCAGCAGCUGUAGCAUCACUCCUUAUGAGGAUGAUUUGGAAGAUUCAGCAAAAGGUACCAAAACUGAGUGAAAGCCAUGAUGAGUAUGAUGGGGAUGAGAAUGGAACCAGUGGAGAAGGUACCUCUAAUCUAAUUGAAAGAUUCAUUCCACGUUGGGGAAAUUGGAUUGGGAAUUUAAGCACACAAGGACAAUAUAACUCUGAUUGAGAGGAAGAGAAAUCCCAGUGAAAGUGGUGGCUUUGAUGAAUUUGUACAGCUGAUAAUCUUUUUCCUCUAAUUUUUUGUGAAUGGAUGUGGGUGUCCUAUAUAUCAUAUAUAUGGUGUGCAUCGCUUUCAGAUUGGUUGAAUCAAUGCAGUUGCAUUGAAGCUUUUAGUUGCCAGCAUUUGCCCAAGCUUUGCAGGAAAGAAGUGUGGGCUUUGUCUCAUAAGUCAUAAAAACACGAUGAUAUGCAGAGUUCUAGCAAACAGAGGUAAUUCUAUUUGUGAUGAAGAGGAAUCCCAGUGAACCUGGUAGCUUUGAUGAAGUUAUUGGACUUUGUUGGGGAGGAAAAACUCUCAAACUACUAGCAGACAAGAAGAGUGGAACAAAUUGUGUGCUAAUCAUUUUUGUUCAAUUAUGUUGCUGAGACUUCCAGCCCUCCAAGCUCCUUCCAACUGCUUCCAUAUGAAUUGGCAAAGACUCAGACACUCAGUUAAUCUCCUUAAGUGAUCACCAACUGGCUGCUGCAAAUAACAAGUUUCAUUAGGCUAGGCUGCUGGCUGACUGAAUGUACUGCUGAACUAACCUUCCUGCUGGAUUAUUGUUGCUACUGCUGUAAUUGAAAUCAGACCUUUUGAUGCUCCUGCACCAAUGAAAAAGCCAAAGAAACUUUGUUGCAUAUAUAUAUAUAUUAUAACUACAAUUAAUUUCCCAAGCAUCUUUGUGUUUUCUGGUUUGGUGCUCCAUUUUACAGGACAUCAAUUAGUUCUGCUUGCUGUCAUUAUUGAUGUCCAUGUUGUAAAUUAGAAAAUAUUUACAAUGUUAUGCUAAUAUAUCGGCUCUUAAGCUGUCAACUGUUUUUGUUUUUUUUUUGGGGGGGGAGGUGUGCAGAUUGCUGUUGACACUGCCUCUCCUUCAGAUCAUGCUCAUGUCCAUACUGCAUAAGCAAGAGGAGUGAAAAACCAUACGUGAGGCAGGGAAUCCUCUACCUCUAGUCACUAGUAUUACUAACAUUGGAAAAAGGUGAACCAUGAAUCAUUUGUUCAUGGAUGCUAAUGGAUUCGGUCAAAUUGAGAUUGGAUUUGAAACCAAAGGUCCAGGAUUAGAGGUUACAAAAUGCGGGGCCCGUUGGGUAUACGAGCAAGACAUUGAAGAUCUGAACCAAACUAUGCAUGGGUGCAGCAGCAGCAGCUGUAGCAUCACUCCUUAUGAAAAUGAUUUGGAAGAUUCAGCAAAAGAUACCAAAACUGAGUGAAAGCCAUGAUGAGUAUGAUAGGGAUGAGAAUGGAACUAAUGGAGAAGGUACCUCUAAUCUAAUUGAAAGAUUCAUUCCAUGUUUGGGAAAUUGGAUUGGGAAUUUAAGCACACAAGGACAAUGUAACAUUGAUUGAGAGGAAGAGAAAUCCGAGUGAAAGUGGUGGCUUUGAUGAAUCUGUGCAGCUGAAUUUUUUUUUCCCCACACUGGAUACGAAGAAGUUGUUGGACUUUGUAGUUUAUUGGUGAGGAGAAACUGUGGCAUUGUCUGGAUCAAAGAAGAUAUGUGCAACAGAUAGCACACUCACGAUUAUUUUGUGGGGUAAAGACAGAUAGUGCACUCUUGUUGCUCUCUUGGUAUUCAAAAGGAAAGCAAAAAAUUAGGGCUGUUUUUCACCAGAGAGGUUGCCUUCCAUGUGUUUGUGUUAUUUUUUUCCUCACUUCAUCAAUCAUUUCAAAGGUGAAUGGAUGUGGCCGUUACAUUGAAGCUGAAAGGUGCAAGUUGUUGCCUAAGCUUGGCAGUGCAGAAGUGUGGGCUUCGUCUCAUAAUAGCAUGAUAAUAUUCAGAGUUCAAGCAAACGGGAGGACUGAAGUUGUAGUAGUUAUUGGUGUUGCUGGCAUGGACUGGACGCACAGAAAGCAUUGUCAUUGAUUAUGAACAAUAUACUUCUUCCCUUGUAAUCAAAUCUGUUGAGAUGGACCAUGAUAAAUUUAGUGUGAUGUAGUUUGUAUUUUUCUUCUGUUUGUUGUCAAAUGCAUGCUAAUUAUGUAAUCACUUGAAAGAGUUGUAUAAUACUAUAAUCUUUCUUGGGACAGAUAUUUCCUACCCUUUACCACAUUGAAGUUCUACAUGGCUGUAAUUAGAAGAAUAGAGUAUUUUAAUGUAAAAUUAAAUUGAAUUUUUCAAAA